AUGAAAAACUUUUCUCCCCAUUUUCUGCUUCAAAACCAAGAAGAACCCAACAAAGAAAUCCCAGAAACGGGACAAAAAUUCGAAAAUGGAGGAAAGCAACCAGAGGAAGAAAGAGCCAGAUGUGAGUGGGAAUUCAAUCUUUCAACUGUAGUUUCUUCCUCCGCCGUUAAUGGAGGAGUUGUUUCUGAUACACUUGGUGUUAUAGAAUUCGACCCCAGUGAUAAUUUUCUAGCCACUGGUGGAAUAGCAAGAAAGAUUCGAAUUUACAGUUUGAAAUCCCUUUUGCCAUAUGAAGAGAGUUCAAUAUUUCACGAUGUAACAUUUCUGGAUCAUGCUACUGCGUGUGAUUAUUAUAUAUGUACUCCGGCGAAGCUCAGCAGCCUUCGGUGGAAGCCCGGGUCGGGCGGGCGGGUCCUGGGAUCGGGUGAUUACGAUGGUGUUGUAAUGGAAUAUGAUCUCGAGAGAAGAGUGCCUGUUUUUGAGAGGGAUGAGCAUGGCGGGAGAAGAGUAUGGAGCAUGGACUAUUCGCAUCGGGAUCCCAUUUUGGGUGCAUCCGGAUCGGAUGAUGGCACCAUGCAGAUGUGGGACCCUCGUUGCGGCGACGGAGGGAAGUGCUUGGCCGCGGUGCAACCGAAUACCACCGCGCCCAGCCCAGUUUGUUGUGUAGAAUUCAAUCCGUUCGGCGGCGCAUUGGUGGCGGUGGGUUGUGCCGAUAGCAAAGUCUACGGCUAUGAUAUAAGAAGAAUGGCUGACCCCUUUUUUGUAUUUGAUGGGCACCAAAAGGCAGUUACAUACAUUAAAUUUCUUGAUUUUCAGACUAUUAUAACAUCUGCCAUUGAUGGCUGCUUGAAGAUGUGGAAUUCUGAAAAUAAUCGGAUUAUCCGAACGUACAAAGGGCACACAAACAGCAGAAGAUUUGUGGGUUUAUCAGUUUGGAGGGGUGGAGGAUUAUUAUGCUGUGGCUCAGAAAAUAAUCAAGUUUUUGUAUAUGACAAAAGAUGGGGUCAGCCCAUAUGGGUUCAGGGAUUUGAUCCGGUGGCUGCAGGCGGUGGCGGUGGACAUGGAUGUGACCGGGAUUUUGUUAGCAGCGUUAGCUGGCGGCAAACCUGGGACGACCGCUGCACACUGGUGGCUGCAGGGGGUUCAGAUGGGAUUUUACAAGUAUUUGAAUGCAAAAAAAAAGGUAAUGCAACGUUAAAAUGA